AUGCCGGUCACAAUCACAGUCGCGGAUCAUAAAUCCGAAAGCUACCAUAACAGAAACGCCAAAAUCGCCUCGAAUGACGCACUGCUGGAAGGCACUAGUCUAUCAGAUUCCAAAAACUGCAAAUGGAUAAUCCAGAGCUCCGUCUCCGAGGACGAGUUCAGCAAAUCCCACAUCGUCGAGUCGAACAAUGGGUUCGUCCACGCAGCAUUCACAGCAUAUAGCUGGCACCAUCAUCUUGUUAUCCGCCCCGAAGAUGUCUGGUUCGCCAUACUAUCGCAGCUGAAUGUUUACAUCAACGCCAACGCCGAAGCACUGCGCGACCACUUCGUCUCGCACCAAGGGCACAAAGAGCUCAGAGUCAAAGAGGUUGGUAACAUCCACACCGUAGAUUUUGGCAUGCUCGCACGACGCAUGACAGCGUUAAUUCAGGAGAACGUCAAGGACCCUGAUCUACGAGACUGGAUCAUGCCGGCGUUCAGCACAACUACGGUUACCGAUCGCACGACAGCUGCAGUGCUCAUGAUGGGCAGCAUGAAGGCGUAUUUCAAGUAUAAAUGUCGUCUCAAGUGCGGAAUUCCUACGGUCACUCUGUUAGGCGAACGCGCAGAUUACGAAGAUAUUCUUAAGAGACUCGAAAAAUUGCCAGAAUUAGGCCCUGAAGCAAGUACAUUUGCCGACCUCCUCCGCCCUGUUCUGCGCAACUUCAUCGCAACUUUCGAUCCAGAGCAGUCUGCUGUCUCGCACGAUUUCUGGUCCAAAAUUGCGCAUCGUCUUGGUGGAGGUAGUGGGCCGUCAUACCUGGGAGGCUGGUUGACAGCAUUCUGCUUCUGGAACGACAAAGGAGAGUGUAUGUAUGAUCAGAAAGGACCCCGGAAUCCAUGGGAAACCGAUUCGGAUAGGUUAGAAUUGGAUGGUGUAUCUUACCAUGAAGUUGAUAUCUCUGAUAUCCCCAAUGGCUUUGCUUCCGUGCCAGUCUUGGUAGACGAUAAUGGAAAAGAGUACAAGACGAAGAUGAUUGCCGGAUCGCUGGGUAUCAAGGUCACAAGCAAAGACAGUUCACAGGCUGGAACAGAGGAGAAGCUGGAUUCACUCCAGUCACUGAGUGGGUGGAUGAUGUAUGAGAUCAAAGAGUAA